AAAGUUAACAUGAGUAAACACUGUUCCAGCCCGGCGCCCGGCUCUCAGCCCGGUGUGUUGACCUGGAUCAGCGGCGCUCUGCCUCAACCGGCGGUCUCACCGAAGCUGAGCCAAGCCAACUCCAUGACCAAGGAGGAAAAUGCAACAACCAGUAAACCUGAAGACGACAAAGGGAUGAUUGCUUGGAUCGCUCAGGGUUUGGAGAAAGUCGUUCCUCAGCCUGAUCUGAAGAGCAGAGAUCCAGCACCGGCCGAGCCGCCCGCUGAGGUGCGUCCAGCACCGCCUGCAGCAGCUGCAGAGCCUCAGGUGACCGCGGCGAAGGUGGAAACAGACAAAGACAAAACUACAUCAGCAACAACUGACAACAAACCCCUCCCACCCAGGAUGAUAGACUGGAUCAAACAGGGCAUCGAGAAGGCGAUUCCUCAGCCGGAGAUUCCUAUCCGCUCAAAGGCAGAAGAGAAGCCUGAAGCUCCUGCUUCAGCCAAAGCAGAACCUCCGGCACCAGAACCUGCAGCCCCAAAACCUGCCACUGACACUGACAAGCCUUCCAAGGAAGCAGAGCAGCAGCCCAAUAUGGUGGGCUGGAUCGUCAGUGGGAUUGGUCGAAUCUUCCCUCAGCCUGUACCGAAGCAGGACGCUGGCAGCGACGAUGUGCAGAACAUCAGCAUCGGACAGAAGAGUACAGACCUGGUGCUGGAGGACAUCGAACAGGACAAUGACAAGGAGGCCAAACAGGAGAAGGAGACAGAAGAUGCAGGUACUGCAGUGACGGAUAGCAUCGAGAAGGAGGAAAGACUGCAGGAGGAGCGUCUGGAGGCGGCCCGCAUCGCAGAGGAGAUGGCCAGGAAGGCAGCGGAGGAGGCAGUCCGACAGCUCGAGGUGGAGCAUUCAGCUAAGAUCGUCAUAGAAACGCUACCAGAGUCCAACGAGCAACUGCCCAACAUCCUGGAGGAAGAAAACGAGGACGACCCAGAAUUGCAGAACCUGCAGGAGGACACAGAAGACAACACAGACAAUAGAAGUCCAGAGGGAAAUAAGAAAACCACUGUUGAUGAAGAGAAAAAAACAGACCAGUGUGCGCCGGACCUCUGUCCACCGAAAGAGCAAGACACUCCGUCAUCGACAGCUGUGGAACCAGCAUCGGAGAAGAGAGACCUGGAGAGUCCGGUCACCCAACAACCAGAGCCACAAGCCCCAGAAGCCCCGACCACGACCACAGAAGAGGCCAAGGCAGCGGGAGCAGCAGAAGGAGGUGAAGGGAGUGGUGGUAAAGGUUUGGGUGGAGCUCCGGCUCUGAAGGUGGAGGACGUGGGCCUGAAACUCCCCCAAAUUCUCAGUCCUACAGGUGAUCUGUCUGCAGAUGAGGACGAUGGGGAGCUGUCGAGGGCUGAUCUGAGAUCCAAUCAGGGCGACUUUCUGACGGCAGACGAUGAUACGCGCCCUCUGUCGGCUGCCAGUGUCGGCAGCGUGGUGAUCCAGGACCGGCUGAACCAGCUCGUUGUGCUUUUUAAAGGUCGCACAGAGCUACGAAAAGAGCGGCUGGUGGACCCGGAUGAGUCUGAGGAAGAAAGUCCAUCAUCCCCAAGCAAAGCUCCACCUGCACCUCCUCCUCCUCCUCCACCUCCACCAGGAGAUGAGAAGAAGGACGAAGCUCCUGCAGCCAAAGAAGAAGAGGAAGAAGAGAAAGACCUGGAGCUCCCCUUUAAAAUUUUGGGGCGGCCGGUAAAGAUUCCCAGACUGUCCAAAUAUCUCAAACUUCCCAAACUCCCCAAAGUUCCUGACUGGCUCCGACCCAUCGUGGAGUACCGCUUCCCCUCCAGCAUCGACCCGUUCACCGACCUGAUCUACGUCAUCUGGCUCUUCAUUGUUGUGGCGGCGUGGAACUGGAACGUGUGGUUGAUUCCCGUCCGCUGGGCGUUUCCUUACCAAACCCCCGAAAACAUCCAUGUGUGGCUGCUGAUCGACUACACCUGCGACCUCAUCUACAUCACCGACAUCCUCGUCUUCCAGACCAGACUGCAGUUUGUCCGUGGAGGAGACAUCGUGUGUGACAAAAAAGACAUGAGAGAAAACUACAUGAGCACCGAGAGGUUCAAGAUGGACGUCAUCAGUUUGUUCCCAAUGGAGGUUUUCUACUACUUCACUGGAGUGAACUCUCUGCUGAGGUUUCCUCGUCUGUUCAAGUACAUGGCUUUCUUUGAGUUCAACGACAGAAUGGAAGCUGUGAUGAAGAAAGCGUACAUCUACAGGGUGAUCCGAACCUCCACCUACCUCCUGUACUCUCUGCACAUCAACGCCUGUCUCUUCUACUGGGGCUCAGACUAUGAAGGACUGGGAUCCACCAAGUGGGUCUACAACGGAAAGGGCUUCGCUUACAUCCGCUGUUACUACUUUGCUGUGAAGACACUGAUCACCAUCGGAGGACUGCCGGACCCCACCACCGUCUUCGAGAUCUGCUUCCAGAACAUCAACUACUUCGUUGGUGUCUUUGCUUUCUCGAUCAUGAUUGGUCAGAUGAGAGAUGUGGUCGGAGCUGCGACAGCCGGUGAGAACUACUACCGGGCCUGCAUGGACAGCACCGUCAAGUACAUGAACUCCUACAACAUCCCCCGAGAGGUCCAGAACCGGAUCAAGACCUGGUAUGACUACACCUGGAAGAGCCAAGGCAUGCUGGACGAGCAGGAGCUGCUCAUACAGCUUCCUGCUAAGAUGAGGCUGGACAUUGCCGUGGACGUCAACUACGCCAUCGUCAGUAAAGUCGCCCUGUUCCAGGGCUGCGACAGGCAGAUGGUGUUCGACAUGCUGACCAGGCUCAAAUCUGUCGUGUACCUGCCCGGAGACUUCGUCUGCAAGAAGGGUGAGAUCGGCAGAGAGAUGUACAUCAUCAAACAGGGGGAGGUCCAGGUGGUGGGCGGUCCGGACCUGCAGACGGUGUUUGUCACCAUCAGAGCCGGCUCGGUGUUCGGGGAGAUCAGUUUGCUGGCAGGUGGAGGAGGAAACCGACGUACAGCUAACGUGAAGGCGCACGGCUUCGCUAACCUCUUCAUCCUGGAUAAGAAGGACCUGGCAGAGAUCCUGGUGCACUACCCGGAGUCCCAGAAACUGCUCCGCAAGAAGGCCAAGACGAUGUUGACGAAGGACAAGAAGCCGGAUGAGAAGGGUGGAGGUAAAGAGGUGGUGGUCAUCCCAGCCAGACCGGACACCCCCAAAAUGUUCAAGGCGGCUCUGAAGGUGGCAGAGCAGGCGGGGAUCGAAGGAGCCUUCACCAAACUGAGGGAGAGCUACAGACCGUCAGACGGUACCGAGGAUGUGGCCCCCCCUCCCUCUCCGGCUCCGGGUCACGGCGCCGACAGCUCCAUGGUCAUCAGGAUGACAUCACGAGAGGCGGGAGAGGAGGUGCUGAUCGUGGAGGAGAAGAAGAAGACGGAGUGAUGAUGACAGGAUGGACUCUGUUUCCCAGAAUGCCUUCAGCGUCCUGCAGAGGGCAGACGUGGAGGGUUCAUGUGGUCCCGGUGCAUUCUGGUCUUCUGUCCUGGCUGUUUCUUUUUCUGUGGUGGAUUUCAUGUUUUCUUACUCUGUGGUGUUUCUGUGUUUUAUCGUCUUUAAUUAGACUGAUCACAUGUAAACGACGAAACGACUGUAAACGACUAAAGAAUUGUAAAGGAGUGUAAACAACUAAACAAGUGUAAAGGAGUGUAAACAAUUGUAAAGGAGUGUAAACGACGAAACGAGUGUAAACGACUAAAUGAGUGUAAAGGAGUGUAAACAACUAAACAAGU